ACCUCAGCUCCCGGCUGACUGUGAAGGGGUUGUAUUUAUUACUCAUACACUUGUAGGUACCCGGCUCAACCGGCCUCAUGGUGCCUAGCUGUGACAGCACUCGCGUCCCGGUUCCCCGGGCACACGGCGACCCAGCCGGUAAAGCACCUCGUUUACCCUCCCGGGCUGUCCCCGACGGAGCCGGCGAGUCCCUGGGACCAACCCACGCCUCAGUCAACCGCCCUGAGCCUGAGUCGGAGGUGUUUGAGAUCACGGACUUCACCACCGCCUCCGAGUGGGAGAGGUUUAUUUCAAAAAUAGAAGAAGUAUUGAAUGACUGGAAACUUAUUGGGAUUUCUCCAGGCAAACCUCUAGAAAAGGGUGUAUACACCACAGGAGCAUGGGAAGAGAAAUCAGAUGAAAUUUCGUUUGCAGACUUCAAAUUCUCAAUUACCCAUCAUUAUCUUGUACAAGAACCCAGUGACAAAGAUGGGAAAGAAGAACUGGUAGAAGAUGCCCUUCCUCUGCCUAUGCAGGACUUGCUGUGCAUGAACAAUGACUUUCCUCCUAGAGCUCACUGUCUGGUAAGAUGGUACGGCUUACGUGAGUUUGUGGUUAUUGCUCCAGCUGCAAAUAACGAUGCAGUUCUUAGUGAAUCCAAAUGUAACCUUUUGCUGAGUUCUGUUUCCAUUGCAUUGGGGAACACUGGCUGUCAGGUACCAUUAUUUGUGCAAAUACAUCAUAAAUGGCGGCGAAUGUAUGUUGGAGAAUGUCAGGGUCCGGGAGUUCGAACUGACUUUGAAAUGGUUCAUCUUCGCAAAGUGCCAAACCAGUACACUCAUUUAUCAGGAUUACUGGAUAUCUUCAAAUCCAAGAUUGGAUGCUCUUUAACACCGCUGCCUCCUAUUAGCAUGGCUAUUCGGCUUACAUAUGUGCUUCAAGACUGGCAGCAGUAUUUCUGGCCACAGCAGCCACCAGAUAUAGAUGCUCUGGUUGGGGGAGAAGUUGGAGGCUUGGAGUUUGGGAAGUUACCACUUGGUGCCUGUGAGGAUCCUAUUAGUGAGCUUCAUUUAGCUACUACAUGGCCUCACCUAACAGAAGGUAUAAUUGUCGAAAAUGAUGUUUAUUCUGACCUGGAUCCUAUUCAAGCACCCCAGUGGUCCGUGAGAGUCAGAAAAGCAGAUAACCCUCAGUGUCUGUUGGGUGACUUUCUUACUGAAUUCUUCAAGCUUUGCCGUCGGAAGGAGUCGACUGAUGAGAUACUUGGAAGGUCUGCAUUUGAAGAGGAAGGAAAAGAGGUGGCUGAUAUUACCCACGCUUUGUCGAAGCUCACAGAGCCAGCACCAGUCCCAAUCCAUAAAUUAUCAGUAACAAAUAUGGUUCACAGUGCAAAGAAAAAAAUUCGCAAACACAGAGGUGUAGAUGAGUCACCUUUAAACAAUGAAGUUCUGAACACUAUUCUUCUGUUCUUAUUUCCUGAUGCUGCUGACAAACUCGCAGAUGGAUUUGAAAGCAGAACUAAUGCUUCAGCAGGAAACAAUCCUCCUCCAGAGAAUGAAGAUUAUAAUCUCUUCAGUCAGUUUAAAUCUGCUCCUUCUGAUAGUCUGACGUACAAACUAGCUUUAUGUCUUUGUAUGAUAAACUUCUACCAUGGAGGAGUAAAAGGAGUGGCACAUCUUUGGCAAGAAUUUGUGUUAGAAAUGCGCUACAGAUGGGAGAACAACUACCUUAUUCCAGGAUUAGCUAAUGGCCCUCCAGAUCUGAGAUGUUGUUUACUGCAUCAGAAACUUCAGAUGUUAAACUGUUGCAUUGAAAGAAAGAAAGCAAGAGAUGAGGGGAAAAGGGGGAGCAUGUCUGAUCGUUCACCCAGUGGUACUUCUGGUGAUGCUGGAAAAGGAGUGGACCACUCUGGAGAUAAUCCCGAUAAGGAAAAAGAAGUUGGCAAAUCCUGGGAAUCGUGGAGUGACAGUGAAGAGGAAUUUUUUGAAUGUCUAAGUGACACAGAAGAUCUUAAAGGAAAUGGGCAGGAAAAUGGAAAGAAAGGAGGAGCAAAAGAAGGCAACAAAGAACCUGUAAACCUAAAACCAGAAGGUCGUCUGCAUCCGCAUGGAAAGCUGACGCUGCUGCAUCCAGGAGAGCCUCUCUACGUUCCAAUAACACAGGAACCAGCGCCCAUGACUGAAGAUUUGCUGGAAGAACAGUCCGAGGUACUGGCAAAACUAGGGACAUCAGCAGAAGGUGCUCAUCUUCGGGCACGCAUGCAGAGUGCCUGCUUGCUCUCAGAUAUGGAGUCUUUUAAGGCAGCUAAUCCUGGCUGUUGUUUGGAGGAUUUUGUGAGGUGGUACUCCCCUCGGGAUUACAUCGAAGAGGAAGUGGUUGAUGAAAAGGGGAAUAUAGUAAUUAAGGGUGAGCUGAGUGCCCGAAUGAAGAUUCCCAGCAACAUGUGGGUGGAGGCCUGGGAAACAGCCAAACCAGUCCCAGCCCGGAGGCAGAAGAGACUCUUCGAUGACACCAGAGAAGCAGAGAAGGUGCUUCAUUACCUUGCAGUUCAGAAACCAGCUGACCUUGCAAGGCAUCUCCUGCCUUGCAUCAUCCAUGCAGCUGUACUCAAGGUAAAGGAAGAAGAAGCACUAGAAGAUAUAUCUUCAGUUAAGAAGAUUAUUAAGCAGAUAAUAUCCCAUUCCAGUAAAGUUCUACGAUUCCCCAAUCCAGAGGAGAAGAAGUUGGAAGAAAUCAUUGCCCAGAUCAUGAGUGUGGAAGCUAUCAUUGCCAGGGCCAGGUCUCUGAAAGCAAAAUUUGGGGUAGAGAAAUGUGAAAAUGAGGAGGAGAAAGAAGAUCUGCAAAGAUUUGUAAACUGUCUGCUGGAGCAGCCGGAAGUGUCAGUUGUUGGUGCAGGAAGAGGACCUGCUGGCAGCAUUAUUCACAAGCUGUUCGUGAAUGCUCAGAGGCUGACUGAAUCUUCUGAUGAGGUUUCUGCAGUGCCUCCGCUUGACGAGGACUUGAGGAGAUCGGGUCCAGCAGAGGAGCGACGACCCAACGCGGGGAGUGUUGCAGACUUCCCACCACCUACGGGCCGGGAGGUGAUUCUGCGCACGACCGUCCCCCGCCCGGCCCCCUACUCCAAACCCCUGCCCCAGCGCAUGUACAGCGUGCUCACCAAGGAGGACUUCCGACUUGCAGGUGCCUUUUCAGCAGAUACAACGUUCUUCUGACGGCUCGGGCUGUGGUAAUCUUGUGUGUCUUCAAAAGCAGCACGCCCUUAGUUUUCCUUUGGGGAAAAGGAACGUUGCACAUUGACUGGCUUGUGGUGAGGAGACAAUACAGUCGUCGUUAGGGACAGAGUGUCAUAUUCCCAAGGACGGAACUGAACUGAGAGCCAAGGAUGGCUGUAAGCAACUCUUAACUUGGAGGUGUGGAAUGGCUUCGUGAGUAGUUCUAAUCAGAUCUUUGGGGAUGAAAGCUUUGCAGUCUCCUCUCUGUCCAAAGGGGGUCUAUUAUUUUAUUUUGCAUUAGCUUGUUUCCUAAAGGACAUAAAUGGGCUGUAUGCAAAUACUUCAUCUUGAAAUCCAUGCAGAAUGUGCUACUUUACAGUUCUUAAUCAGACUUUAUCAAGUGACGGUAGUAAUCUACUUAAAUUCAUGUGCAAAUACUAAGUAAUUUGUAUUUAUUGCUAAUCAUAAAUAUUGAGCCCAGUAUUUUUUGGUUAAUCACUAAGUUGCAAGUGCUUCUACACUAGCCUUAUUUUUAUUUCAAGUAUACAGUACCUUCUAGUUCAUGCUAAACUCUCCUAGCAGGGCAGCAGUUGUCCAAAAAGAUCGUGUCUUGGGUACUUCUCCCAGACAGAAAUAAAUACAUUUGGGGCUGUAAACCUGAUAGCCUGAGGUGGAUUGCUGGUGGUUUUGGAUGCUUUAUGCCCUUCCCUGCCUGCGAGGGGCAAAGCUGGACAUAAAGGACAGACAUGGAGGUGUUUUACUGCAAGCAACCUGCUGGCGUGUACGGAGUCUGUUGGAAUGCAAUACGUGUCUCUGACCUCAUGUGAUGAGACAAUUCUAUCCCCUGCUGGAAACUAACCCCAGUGGAUAUCGUGCAAACACUACCAUGUGUAUGUGCCAAUGUUGCUUCACAGUGAUCCUCGUGUUUUAAUGAGAAUUGGCAAAAGAUCAGCACCACUUUACAAACUGAAAUGUAAAACCAGCUACAGUAUUGUUGACAUUACUCAAUAAAUACAAACUUAGUAGCAGCUCGCAGA